AAGCGCCACGCCACCUAACGCCCCCACUCUCCACCCUAUUGCCCCCACGGCCACGCCCGCCAUUGCCUCUCUCUCUCUCUCCCUCUCUCCCUCUAUAUAUACGGGCAGUCUUUCGUUCUUUCGCGGAAAAAGAGAUCUGUGGGAAGAGCCUAAGAGAGAGAGAGACGGAGAGUGAUCGGGGAAGGAGACGAGGGAGAGGAGAGCAUCGAUGUAUGCAAUCGACGCAUCUGUGUCGAAGGGGUAGGCCUAGGAUUCAUCGCCGAGGGAGUCGCAACCAUUGAGAUCCAAAUAUUAUGAGCUGGUUUGACAAGCUGCGUUGUUCUUCCAAUCUUCGCCGCUUCAUGGCCGGCCUUCUCAUCUUCAUUCUCUAUCAUUCUUUUCAAUUAGUUUCUAAUUUCUUGAUUCCUAUACACCCUUAAUCUGUUUAAUUUACAAUCCUCGUUUCUUUCUUCAUCAUCAUCAUCAUCCCACGCGCUGUUGAUUUAAUUCUGUUUGGCUGUCGAUUGCUUUCUAAAUGGACUCCGAGGACUCCAUCCCUGACGGUUUGCUCGACGGUUCCUUUGCCUCCCACAUUCCGAGGCCAAGCUCUCCACCUUCUGUUAUUGUUAUUGGUGGAGGUAUUUCGGGUGUAGCUGCAGCACGAACUCUCUCUAGUGCUUCUUUUAAGGUGCUCUUGUUGGAAUCACGAGAUAGGCUUGGUGGUCGAAUACACACCGACUAUUCAUUUGGCUGUCCUGUUGAUAUGGGAGCAUCAUGGCUGCAUGGUGUUUGCAAUGAGAAUCCCUUGGCUCCAUUGAUACGGCGUCUGAAUCUUACAUUAUACCGUACCAGUGGUGACAACUCUGUGUUAUAUGACCAUGACUUGGAAAGUUACAAGCUUUUUGACAUGGAUGGUCGUCAAGUUCCCCAACAGAUGGUUAUUGAAGUUGGAGACGCGUUCAAGAGAAUUCUGGAAGAGACUGAGAAAGUAAGGAAUGAAUAUAGUGAGGACAUGUCUGUUCUUCAAGCAAUUUCAAUUGUGCUGGAAAGGCAUCCAAAUUUAAGACAAAGUGGGCUUGCACAUGAAGUGUUGCAGUGGUAUAUAUGUAGGAUGGAAGCUUGGUUUGCCGCAGACGCAGACAUGAUAUCACUUAAAACCUGGGAUCAGGAGCAUGUCCUUUCUGGUGGUCAUGGACUUAUGCUUCAAGGCUAUUACCCUAUAGUUAAGGCUCUUGCAAAAAACAUUGAUGUUCGAUUGAAUCACAGGGUUUCAAAGAUAUACAAUGGGUGUAAUAAGGUGAUUGUCACAGUUGAGGAUGGGAAGAAGUUUGUUGCAGAUGCUGUUAUUGUGACAGUACCCGUUGGAGUCCUUAAAGCUAAUUUGAUUGAGUUCAAGCCUAAAUUACCAGAGUGGAAGGUUGCUGCAAUUUCAGAUCUUGGGGUGGGCAAUGAAAAUAAAAUUGCCCUACGAUUUGAUAAUGUGUUUUGGCCCAACGUGGAACUGUUAGGUAUUGUUGCACCCACAUCUUAUGGGUGUGGUUAUUUUCUGAAUCUUCACAAGGCAACAGGCCAUCCUGUUCUUGUUUAUAUGGCUGCGGGCAGGUUUGCUUAUGAUCUUGAGAAGCUAUCCAAUGAAUCUGCUGCUAAUUUUGCAAUGCUUCAGCUCAAGAAAAUGUUCCCUGAUGCAACCAAACCUGUCCAGUAUCUUGUAUCCCGAUGGGGAUCUGACCCCAACUCGCUUGGUUGUUACUCGUACGACUUUGUUGGACAACCUGAGGAUUUAUAUGAGAGGCUUCGAGCACCCUUGGGCAAUCUCUUCUUUGGAGGCGAAGCAGUCAGCAUGGACCACCAAGGAUCUGUGCAUGGUGCAUACUCGGCUGGAAUUAUGGCUGCUCAAAACUGUCAGUUGCAUCUAUUGCAGCGACUGGGUAACUUGGAAAUGAUCCAGCUUGCUUCCUUCCGGGAUGAAAUUCUGGAAGCCACGGUUCCAAUUCAGAUCUCAAGGAUUUGAAACAUCCAUAGAUGAUGAACUGAGAAAGCUAUAUAGUCCACCCGAUUUGUCCGUCAUUUAUAUAUUUUCAGCGACUCAUGCAGCAAAAACAAAUCUAAAGAGGGAAAAGUCUGUCCGGAGACAUCCCAUAAGUCUUUUUUAUGUUUAUAUUUUUUUGGUGGUAAAAUGAAAAACGCUUGGGACUGUAAUACACAUUCUUCUGCAAUGAUUAACUGCGGGUAUACCACUCUUCUUA